GGGAUUUAAGAAAGAAAAAGAAAAGGAGAAGUUCCUCACAAGUAAGGAAUCGGCCAUUAAGGAUGAGAUGGAUAUCUUGUACUGAACACUUAAGAAAUCCAGAGCAUUUUUUUCUUGUUACCUCAAGAUCUGGAGAUUAUCACUCUACACAGGGUCACAGCUUUCUGAAAGAUGAAACAAAUAUCUUCACUGACUUGUGUACUCUUUGUGAUCUGCUGCUGUCAUGGAGGAAAUAUCCUGGUGUGGCCUGAGGACGGCAGCCACUGGCUGAACAUGAAAGUCAUUUUGACAAAACUCCACAGCCACAGUCAUAGCCUUACUGUGGUGCGUUCAUCUAACAGUUGGUAUAUCCAAGAGAAUUCUUCCCUCUACAGCACCAUCACAGUCAACCCAAUGGAGACUGGAGAUGUUAGCCCUGACUACUUUAAGAUGUUGAUGGAGAGGUCGCUAGCACUACAAAGGAUGUCAUUCUUUUUUCAUUUUUUGGAACAGCAGAAAGAUAUCACCAACAUGCUAAAGGUGUUUCACAAUGGAGCGCUUCGAAUGGUUUCCGCCGUUUUGGACGAUGCAGCGCUCAUUGAACGCUUGCGAGAAGCUAAGUUUGACCUGCUGCUAACAGAUCCUGCGUUCCCAGCUGGUGUCCUGUUAGCCAAUUUCCUCCACCUUCCCAUGGUUUACAAUGUACGUUGGCUAAAUGCAGGGGAUGCUCACAUGCAAAUUGCACCCUCACCUCCAUCUCACGUCCCAAUGUACAAUUCAUUGCUCUCUGACCAAAUGAACUUCCUACAGCGGACGGAAAACUUUAUACGGUAUCUGUUCAGCCUCCUUCAGGAGCGAUACAUCAUCGCGCCCAUUUACAGAGAGCUGCUUGAGCGUCACUACCCACCCGGCACUGAUCUUCUGACAAUGCAACAAUCUGCUGACAUUUGGUUGAUGAGAAUGGACUUUGUUUUUGAGUUUCCACGGCCCACCAUGCCUAACGUGGUCUACAUGGGUGGCUUUCAAUGUCAGCCGGCUCAAGCACUUCCUGCGGAGCUGGAAGAGUUCAUGCAGAGCUCUGGGGAGCAUGGAGUAGUCAUCAUGUCCUUGGGAGCAGCAGUCAGUGCUCUUCCUACAGCAAUCACAGAGGCCAUUGCUACAGCCUUUGCUGAGAUCCCUCAGAAAGUCUUGUGGAGGUACUAUGGGGAACGACCUUCGACCCUGGGAAACAACACUUUACUUCUGGAGUGGUUUCCACAGAAUGAUCUCCUGGGGCAUCCAAAGACUUGUGUGUUUGUAUCUCAUGGAGGCACCAAUGGUAUCUAUGAAGCUAUUUACCAUGGAGUCCCCAUCUUAGCUUUGCCACUCCUCUUUGACCAGUUUGAUAAUGUUCUGCGACUGCAGGUUCGAGGUGCGGCUCGAGUGCUUCAAGUCGCAACACUCACCUCGCAUGAAUUCCUUGAAGCCCUCAAAGACGUCCUUGAGAACCCACUGUACCGGAGCAGCAUCCGCAAACUGUCGGAGCUGCAUCGCGAUCAACCCUUGUCUCCUCUCGAUAGUGCCACUUUUUGGAUUGAGUCCGUUAUUAGACACAAAGGAGCAGCUCACCUUCUCUCAGAGGGGAAUAACUUGCCUUGGUACUCAUACCACAACAUAGAUGUGUUGGCCUUUCUACUGACGUUCGCUGUGAUUGCUCUUUUGACCUUAGCAUAUGUCUGCAAGCUUUUGUGUUGCAGGAAGUCAAUCAAAAAGAGGAAGGUGAAAUGAACAUUUGAUAUGUACUUUUGAAAAGCUGAUGAAACACUGAAUUAAAUGCAGCAGCCAGAUAUCAGUUCAGUUCAGUGUUUUUUUAUUUUAUUUAAUUUUUUUUUGCCUAUCCAACUGUAAGUCCUGUAGCAUAGUGCUAGGAACAUAAAGGUUUGAUUACCGGGAAAAUGCACUGAUCAAAUGUAUACCUUUGAAUGCAAUGUGAUUUGCUUCUUAUAAAUGUGUCUGCCAAAUGCAUAAGUGUAGCAUGUAAAUAGAAAGUCUCCCGCAUGGUUUACCUGAGUUUGUUUGUUACUAUGACAAACAGUGUUUGCAAAAAAACAACAACACCUGUAGUCUGUACAAAAACCUGAUCUGGCCACAUGUAAAUUGUAAAUGCAAUGCCAGAAUAUCAUUAAACAAUACUUUAGGAUUAUAUUUAUACUUUACAGUUAUGGUUAUGACUACUCAAACUAAUGUAACUUGAAUAAUGAACUAUAGCCAUAUUUGUACGUUUUGUGCAUCAAAUUCUUACAAACUUUGUCCUAUUCAUUUUGUGGUUUAUUCACCAAAUCCUUAACAUGUUAUAUAUUAUUUAAUCAACAUAAUCUAGUGACUGUAAAGAAGCCAACAACACGUAUUUCCAUGUUGGCCUUGAUAUUGUUUCCUCUCCCAGUGUGAAUGCGUUUUAAAUCAUCAUUAAAGGUUCAAUUGGCAA